CAUUGUUUAUUAUUUGUUGCCAGGUACUGUGUUAACAUAGAUCGUAUUCACAGGUAACCUACAAGAAGGAAGUAGCAUUCUACAAGGAAGUAGUACCAGCUCUACACGAGUUUCAAAGGGAAAUGGGUAUCAAGGACGUAAUUGAUUGUUUUGCAAAGUGUUAUGGAGCUAGAUUCAGCUUGGAUAGAGAGAGUGACGAAGUUGACGAAGAUGCGGCUUUAAUCUUGGAGAAUUUGCACACAUCAGGGCACAAAAACGUGGAGAGGCUACUAUGCUUUGAUUUGUCCACAACAAGGCUGAUCUUAAAAGAUAUUGCAAAUUUCCACGCAACCACCAUUGCACUUAAGCUCAAGAAGCCAGAGGUAUUCCAGAAAAGAUUAAAGGCAUUCUGCAGUGACUUCGUUCCAACGAAAGAAGUCUUUCAGCCAUUGCUAGCCAUACUAAAAGAAGUCCUUGAAGAAAACGAAAAAUGUAAACCAUUGGCAUCAAAGAUAAGAUAUUGGGGAGAGAGAGAACAUGAACGGGAGCCUAGAGAACCUUUUGCCACAUUAGCGCACUGUGAUCUGUGGGUGAACAACAUGAUGCAAAAAUUCGUAGACGGUGUACCUAUCAGCAAUAAACUUGUUGACUUCCAGAUCUACAACUACAGAUCUGCAGCAUCUGACGUGUUCUUCUUUCUCUUCUCAAGCGUUCAGUUAGAAGUCUUGGAGCGAUGUUUAGAUUCUCUUUUGAAAUUCUAUCACGAACAUUUCAUAUCCGUUCUUGAUAUGUUGAAAUGUGACACUAGCGAGUUUGGAUUUGAUGCAUUCUUGGAAGAGAUGAAACUGGAAGCUGAGUUUGAGUUUGGGCACGCCUUAUUCUUUUCGACGAUAGUUGUACAGGGAAAGAAGAGAACGUCUGAUUUAACUGAACACUCGUUUCAUCCUGAGCAGAUGAGAAAAUAUAUAAAUGAUACAGCUAGAAGAAGAGCUUGGUAUAUGACGUUAGAAUGUGACAGGAGAGGAUGGCUUUACUAAUAAUUUAAUAAUUAUAUAGCAAUUGAAAAAUAUAUUUGUUUUCUCUCAUGAGUGUCCCUAUUCA